ACUACCUUUGUCUCUCCUCCAGUAUGGACCUCAGGUUGACUAAGAACUGCAGCCUGACAGUGACGCUGAAGCACUCGGUUAGAUUUGAGGUCAUUAGACACACAAAGGUUUGGAAGGAUCUCCACGACCAACAGGACUACCUGGGUUUCUACAACCUGGACAGCCACCACUUGUCUGAUUCGGUUCAUGGUUUGCUAGGUCAGUUCUACCAUGGCGUUGGGUUUGAGUUGACAGACCUGCAUCCACAUAAGAACAAGGAAAAAAUAGAUGCCACCAUGUAUGUGAAGGGACAAAUACUCAACGUAACCAGACACUGGCAGAAGGACUUCAGCAGGGAUGUGAAGAAUGGGAAAAGUAUUCCCUGCUGGUUUGCUAACAAUGAUGGAGCUGGCCUUAUUGAUGGAGAAGCCUCCGACUACGUUGUGUCAGGGCUUUUUCAAGGCUGAUUUUUGUGAGAUUGCAGGUUAUAGUGAGCCACAUUGAGUGUUCAUUUCAACAUUGCACACAUUCUGAAACAAACAUCAUAAAUCCCAGGAUCCUUACAGUCUUAUUAUUUGAUGGCGAUACAAAAUAACAAUUAUGAUUCCUGAUCUCAUAAUGGACAUUACUUCCCAAAAAUGACAAUGUGAAUGACAAUUUGUGCACUCUGGUGCAACUAUAUUCGUGAUGUAUUUACUGCUGUCAGGUAUAUUAUGUUGCUUUCCAAUUUCCGGCUGUCAUAGAAUUAUACGUCUGCAUACUUCACAUACAAACCAUACCAUUGCCUUUAAACUGAAUGUACCUUAUGGCAUGCACAUGUGGGUAUCAAAGGGUAUCCAAAUAAGCGUUAAGACCCUGGCCACAACUAUACACAACUUGAUUUCGCUUCAAAAAAGUUGAAACCUGUACACCGGUACGUUAAAAAACACAACCACAUUUUGUAUUUUUCAACUCUCAUUUUUGCCAUAUCUGGGCUUUAUGCCAACUUUGCAUCAUCACAGAGAAAUUAUCAAAGAAUCUUAUCCUAUGGAUGUACUUCUUGUGAUAUUGUUAUUGAAAUUGUCCACACUGAAAAAACUUAUUUUAUCAUCUCUAAGAUUCAAAGGUAAAACCAACAUAGCUGUUUUCCGGCCACAGGUUGGUAUAUAUUUUUUUAGAUGUUACAGGGAAUUUUUAGUCUUUAAACAAAAAAAAUGUUGGGCCUAUAUUCUUUGUAUGUGAUGACAAUAAAUGUACAUGUACACCA